CACGGAAAAUUAGCUUUACCGGCGAUACCCGGUCACACUGCGGUCCGAAGGCUAUCCACGAAAACCGCAACCCAACCAGCCUACAGCGACCCGUUCCCUCUCGCUUUAUCGAUAAACCCUGCGAUUCUCUUUUUUUCUCUCUAUCUGUGAAUUUGAAAGGCAGAGACAUGAAGAACCUCUAUCCCAAGGGGAAGGGGAGGAUCCACCCAUCGCCGUCGGCCACGACGGCUAGUCCCCGCAGCGAGGCACUUGCGGUGCUGCGGAUUCUUCCUGCGGCGAUUCUGGCGCUUACUGCGGCUCUCGGGAACGAAGACAAGGAGGUCCUCGCAUACCUUAUUAUGAGAUCGAUCGGCGGUCCGGAGGAAGCAGCUGAGCAGCGUCGUUGCGGGAAGCCAGGCGAACUGCACUCCCGUCUUUUCGGCUGCGGUUGCUUUGAUUGUUACACGAGUUUCUGGUCGCGGUGGGAUUGUUCUCCUGAUCGCGAGCUGAUUCAUCAAGCCAUCGAGGCGUUCGAAGAUCAUCUCGCUUCUUCGGAGCGCGCCGGAGCUGCGGUGAAAGGGAAGAGAAGGGAGCGUAGACUGGGCGAUACCCCUGAGAAGGGGAAGAAGAAGGGAAAAGAGAAGGAAAAGGCGAUCGAUGACUCAUCUGCCGUAGCAAUCGUGGAGGACGUUAGCCAGAAGUCCGCCGACGAAGCCACUGGAGAAGUGUUCGCCGAAGCGGCGGAGAAAGGAGAUCGAGACGACGUUUUCGAAUCAGCGGUAAGCGAAUUGGUGCCUGAAAUAGCCGCUACCCAGACGCCGGCCUCCGGCGGUGAUCGGCGUAAGGGAUGGGCGGACUUGACGGCUAUUUUUAAUUCCCGUUUAUGGAGCUUUUGGAGUCCGGGUGACUAAGAAGAUAAGAGGAAGCAGAGAACAUAAUUUUUUAAAAUAUUAGGUGUUAUUUGAACUCGCGGAAGAUAUUCCAUUUCGUUUUUUUUGCUUUUUUUUUUAAUCGGUUUUGUUCGUUGUAGAUUUUUCUGCACUGCUGUUUUUGUGAUGGAUUUGGUGCUGUUAAGCAUUUCGCUUUAGGGGGGGAUUUGAGAUAUGAGAUAAUGAAAUGGUAAAUUUGCACUGCUAAAUUUUGAACUUGUUGAUUUGUUUUUGUCCCUUGGGUUUAUUGCGGAUAAGAGUAGUAGGUAAGAUGGAUGAAGAGUGCUGGUAUUUUUGGAAUGGAAUCAGCCAGUAAUAGUUUUCGAUCUGAUUGAACUUGUGAC